AUGGCUGAACCUCAGUGGUCGAAUGGUUUCAACCAAAACGUCUGGAAUGGUGUACCCACGGGACGCAUGGAUCAUUCUGUUAGCAAGCCGAUAAUGGUAGCUAACUCGAAUACAAGUCAGGCUGCUUCACCGCAUUCCGAAUCAUACGGCCCAGGGGUGCUCCAGAUGGUAGUCGAUAAUGUGCUGAGUGGAUCACCCGCAUCUGCCAAUGCAAAAUUCGGUCCACCAAGCACGAGAGGAGAAGUUUCAUUGCGUAUCAUCGAUGGAAAAAGUGAUGAGAAGAGGAAUGACGGAGCUCCCAUAGGGCUACCCAUACCUUAUGCUGUUCCUAUGUUCAAUCAUUCUGGUGUGGAGACGCAAGGGGGCACUCCGGAUUUCCAGAUGGCUCCUUUUUUGUUUCAAGGAGGACAUGUGAUUGGUGGUAACACAACUAUGCCAUUUUCGUCCGGAUCACCUGCUGCACAUGGCUUCGGUUAUGGAGCAUGGGGGGGAAUGUAUCCUCCACCUCAUCAGGCUCCGACGACUUCUUCCAGUGAUGAUUGUCUGAAAAAGGGAGGAGGUAUGCCUAUUGGUGGUCCAGGAGGUAUGCCGUCGAAUGUGUUUUCGACAUCACCGCCAUUCCCAUACCAGAACGCUGUGCUAGGUGUCACCAACAGCAUGUCUAAUAUGACCAUUGGGGGGCCGCAGAUGUCAAAUCAAAUUCGUCACGAUCAGGCAUUUCCAGGUGGGUCUUCUGGACUUCCUAAUCUGCCUGCUCCUCACAUGAUGUACAUGCAGUACAAUCAGUCGAAUCCGCAGACACCAACCCUCGGGAACAGUCCAACAUUUUUUGGCAGUGCUAUAAACGGAAUCCAGAAUAUGGGCCUCGCUCCAGGCAGUGGUAUGCAGAACUACCCUCCAUCGCGUGCUCCCUUCUACAACGCUCAGCCACAACCCACCAAUCCAACUUCCUUCAAUAACAUGCCCCAAAGACGGAUGAUGGAGGAUGGUGGUGUCAGAAUUCCUGGAAUCGAUUCCGAACAAUCGAAACUCACCCAUUACAAAUUUGCCACAUUCUGGCGGCAUGUUGUAGAGUGUUCGUACAAGACAGUCCGAUCGAGAUUCAUACAACAGAAGCUUGAACGCGCAUCAGUCAAAGAAAAACAGCUGCUUUUUGAAGAAGUUCUUGCUAACGCUCAUGCGCUUAUGGUUGAUGUCUUCGGGAACUACGUCAUACAGAAAUUCUUCGAGUUCGGUACGCCUGAGCAAAAAGCAGCAUUGGGCCGUUCGCUUAAAGGAAACGUUAUGAAUUUGGCACUGCAAAUGUAUGGGUGUCGUGUAAUUCAAAAAGCAAUGGAGUCGAUUGAUGAAUCGCUACAACUAGAAAUCCUACGGGAGAUGGAGGGCCACGUUUUGAAGUGUGUUAAAGACCAAAAUGGCAAUCAUGUGGUUCAAAAAGUAAUCGAGAAAGUCAAACCGGAACGUCUUCAGUUUAUAAUUAACACAUUCACUAAGAAUGGUCCAGACACGAUUACUCAACUGUCGAUGCAUCCCUAUGGCUGCAGAGUAAUACAAAGAGUGCUGGAACAUUGUUCGGAAGAGCAGAAGCGACCGGUACUGGAGGCACUCCAUGCGAAUAUGAGCACUUUAAUAGUCGACCAGUACGGAAAUUAUGUCGUGCAGCAUGUGAUUGAACAUGGAAGCAAUCAAGAUCGUGAUCGUAUAGUCGCCGGCAACGUGUUGCGGUACGCUCAGCAUAAAUUUGCGUCCAAUGUGAUCGAGAAGUGUUUGAUUUGUGCAGGAGGACAUCAUAAGACGCUACUGAUAGAUGAAGUUUGUGGAACACCGAAUGAUCCACAACCUCCGAUUCUGUUGAUGAUGAAAGAUCAGUUUGCGAACUACGUCGUGCAGAAAAUGUUAGAUAUAGCAGAUCCAGUGUAUCGUAAAAAGAUGAUGUAUGCAAUCAAGCCACACAUACCGGUACUGAGAAAGUAUAGUUAUGGAAAGCACAUAAUCACCAAGUUGGAGAAGUACUUCCAAAAGCAGCAGUACAAUCAUGCACAACACCAGCAUCCUCAGUACGACAUGUCUGGAAUGCAAGUUGCCAAUGUGAAUCCCGCAGUGAUGUAG